UCAAACGUGUUGAUAAACAAUUUGCGUCGCUUCGCUGUGAUACCUUUUCCGAAUUGAAAAUGUGAAAGAAAACCUCCAGUGACUAACGGUAUAAAACAUAAAUAGAAAAUUCCAAAAUGUUCCUUACACGUUUAGUACCGAGAUUAUCAAAAUAUCAACUAAGUAUUAAAGUUUUGACCAGCCAAAGUUACUCUGUGGAAACGUUAAACUCCACGACGGUGUACACGGUGAAAACCGUCCAGGACAAGUGGAAAUCCCGUUUCGUCACGGAAAAUAUUCCUGAAGCGGAGACUUCAAUAACGAAUAUUUUAGCUCACGUGUUACAGUUGUCAUGUCCUGGAGAUAUAGGAAAAAAUCAGGAAAUAGCUCUCAGUGAAGCUCAACUGGCCAAAAUAGACGAACUCUGCGAAUGUCGGCUUGUAAGAAUGCCUAUCCAAUAUAUAAUUCGUGAAUGGGAGUUUAGGGACCUUACACUGAAGAUGAUCCCUCCUGUUUUCAUCCCUCGGCCAGAGACUGAGGAGCUUGUCGAACUGAUACUACAGCAAAUUGAUACCCAAAAAAGCAUGGAAUUUCUCGAGAUUGGUUGUGGGAGCGGAGCGAUAACGCUGUCGAUAUUGAAACAUGUUCCAAUGGCACGGGCCAUCGCACUUGAUCAGAGCAAAUUGGCUUGCGAGUUAACCCUGGAAAAUGCUCAGCAACUUGGACUCGCAGAGCGAUUGCGAAUAUUUAGGCACAAACUUGUAGACGAUUUUCCAGAGCAACUCGGAGAGCACACAUUUGACAUGAUCGUAAGCAAUCCACCGUAUGUUCCUUCCGGACAGCUAACAAAACUGGAACCCGAAGUUAAAAUCUACGAGGAUUUGAGAGCACUGGACGGUGGCCCGGAUGGCAUGAAAAUUAUCAAAGCAAUAUUAGAUAUAGCAGGCAAACAUUUGAGAUCCGAAGGUAUACUUUGGCUAGAAGUAGACACUUCCCAUCCACCAAUGAUUGCGGCGUACCUUGAGGGGAAAGAAGCCGAAACUGGGUUGAAAUAUGUCUCCUGCUACAAAGAUCUCUUUCGUAAUGAAAGAUUUGUUGAAGUGGUUAAAAUGUAGUGUUACGUAGUGGAUAUGUCAAAUAAUUGUUAAAUUGAGAACUCACAUAAACGCUUCAUAUGUUGA